GUACAUACAUGUGGUAGUAUAAAUAGGAGAAGACUCAACAGUCCGUGUUUUAAAUAUUGUUUUGUUGCCAUUUGUUACUGUGCCCAUUGUGACGAUGGACUGGACCAACGUCUUAUUUUUGACGACGUGGUUGUACUUGGCAAGUGGAGCUCCUCAGGUCGGCCAGUCCCCGCAAAGAGAAAUUAAGAUAAUCAGCCAAACCAACAACAUCCAGCCAGACGGCGGUUACGAGUGGAGUUAUGAAGCCGAAAACGGGAUCAAAGCGCAAGAAACUGGGACGCUGAAGAAGACGAAGGAUCCCGAAAACGGGGACGUCAUCGUCGCAAACGGGGGCUACUCUUACACGGAUCCCGAGGGCAACCAAAUUUCGCUUACGUAUGUGGCCGACGACGAGGGCGGCUUCCAGCCACAGGGAGCGCAUCUGCCCACGCCGCCCCCAAUUCCGCCCAAUAUCAAAAGGGCGCUGGACUGGAUAGCGUCCCAGCCGUCCACCACCGAAAGAGCGGGAAAACGAAAAUAGGCUGAAAUGGGAUUCUUGUAUGUGUAUUGCUGUCGACCUUGCAAACGAUUGUAAAUAUGCAUGUUUCUGUGAUUAAGUUAUGUAAUUGAAAAUGACACAUAUAAGCAAACUCGGAUGCAGGUACAGAGGAAACCUGUGGUGGCAGCAAUUUCUGGAUUUACUGCUUACGGACAUUUAUCAUGACUCGGUUUCUACUUUAUUUAUAUCCCUUGUAUUAUACUAUUUCAUAAAAAAUAAAUGCUUUAUUUUGUGCAAGUCUUAA